UAGGGUUUAACGAAGGCGGCUGCAUCUUUUCUCUUCAAACAGAGUCUAUCACAAACCCUCCUUCCUGUCGAAGAACUCAACUCAGCCACCAUGGGGAAGACACGUGGUAUGGGAGCUGCACGCAAGCUGAAAUCCCAUCGCAGGAGGCAAAGGUGGGCUGACAAGUCUUACAAAAAGUCCCAUCUUGGUAAUGAAUGGAAGAAGCCCUUUGCUGGUUCUUCACAUGCCAAAGGCAUUGUCCUUGAGAAGAUAGGUAUUGAGGCGAAGCAGCCUAACUCUGCUAUUAGAAAGUGUGCUAGAGUUCAACUGAUCAAAAAUGGAAAGAAGAUUGCUGCCUUUGUUCCAAAUGAUGGUUGCUUAAACUACAUAGAGGAAAAUGAUGAGGUGUUGAUUGCUGGAUUUGGACGAAAGGGUCAUGCCGUUGGUGAUAUUCCUGGAGUCCGAUUCAAGGUUGUGAAGGUCUCUGGUGUUUCGCUUUUAGCCCUCUUCAAGGAGAAGAAGGAGAAGCCAAGAUCUUAAAUUUGGGUGAUGGAGAGGAUGUUUUCACCUACUGCCUUUUGAUAGUAGUAUGUUUAAAGAACUCGAAAUGUUGCUUUUUAUGGAUGAGGACCUUUUGUGAACAAGUAUUAAUCAAUCCUUCGGUUUUUGUAUUGAACCAGCAAAGUAAUUUUUUUGA